UGUGUGUUUUUUUUUAUUUAGAUAGUUUUCUCAUGUAUACAUUAUCGAGGUUGCUGCGGGAAUAUUAUAAAGAUGACGUUGUCACGUGGUCGCUGUUACUUUUCUCAGCGCUGAUGAGGAUGGGUCAAUCUAAGUCAAGAUUCAAGAUUUUUAUUUGUCACAUACACAAUUAUAUAGAGCAUAUAUAACCAGCAGUGAAAUGUGAGUAAAGUCAGCGGCGCUUUUCCAUUUGUAGGUCACACACAAAUAGAUAAUUAAUUUAAACGACUAAGCUUCACAUUACAUAAAGGUGACAGAUAAGAGCGGAGUCCUACAGAAGUGAUGCGGAACGUUUGUAUCAGUCGCUUGUUUCUCAUUCGGAAAGUAUUGCGUGUAGCACACAUCUCCUCAUGUGUUUACUUUUAUGCAUCAAACUCCUCUAAAUUCAUAAACUAUGGAAAACUUUAGCGAUGGAAAAUGGGAGCAUUUGCCCGUGAAAUUACAUGACUGCAUAUUACAGACUCUCAGGGAGCUGAAAUUUACACACAUGACUCCUGUUCAGUCUGCCUGUAUCCCUCUUUUUAUGAGUAAUAAAGAUGUGGCUGCUGAAGCCGUGACUGGCAGCGGGAAAACCUUGGCAUUUGUGAUUCCUGCGUUAGAAAUCCCCCUAAAGCGAGAAGAGAAGUUAAAAAAGAUGCAGGUCGGUGCAUUGAUCGUAAAACACACACGUGUGAUGUGGCUGUGGAUAUGAGAGGUGUUGUGGGGGUUUUUGUGGGGGUUUUUCAAGUUUAGACAGAUUCUUUUAAUUGGUGGAAGCAACCCUAUUGAGGAUGUAGAGAAGUUUAAGACUCAGGGAGCCAAUAUCAUAAUUGCGACCCCUGGGCGACUGGAGGACAUGUUCAGGAGGAAGGCCGAUGGGCUUGAUCUGGCCACCGCUGUGAAGUCUCUGGAUGUUCUUGUCCUGGAUGAAGCAGACAGAUUACUGGACAUGGGCUUUGAAGCCAGUUUAAACACUAUUCUGGGGUAUUUACCCAAGCAGCGGCGCACAGGGCUUUUCUCUGCCACACAGACGCAAGAGCUGGAGAAGUUGGUGAGGGCUGGUCUGCGCAACCCUGUGAGAAUCACAGUGAAGGAGAAAGGUGUGGCGGCCUCGAGCGUGCAGAAAACACCAGCCAGACUCAGCAACUAUUACACGAUAUGUCGAGCAGAGGAGAAGUUCAACACUUUAGUGGCGUUUCUCAGGCAGCACAAACAUGAGAAGCAGCUCGUGUUCUUCAGCACCUGCGCCUGUGUGGAGUACUUCGGUAAAGCCCUGGAAGUCUUGAUCAAGAAUGUCAGCAUCCACUGCAUCCACGGGAAGAUGAAGCAUAAACGAAACAAGAUCUUUGCAGAUUUCCGGGCGCUGAAGAGUGGGAUUCUCGUGUGCACAGAUGUCAUGGCGAGAGGCAUCGACAUACCAGAAGUGAAUUUUCUCAUCAAAUUUAAUGCUCCUUUCAUUAGUUCCUUUGUGCAUCGGUGUGGACGAACGGCACGGAUCGGAAACCAGGGCAAUGCACUCGUCUUUCUUCUGCCAAUGGAAGAGUCGUAUGUAAAUUUCUUGUCCAUUAAUCAAAAGUGUCCUCUUCAGACGUAUCCUCCAGUGAAAGACGUGGUUGAUGUUCUGCCUAAACUGAAGGCGAUGGCUUUAGGUGACAGAGCGAUGUUUGAGAAGGGCAUGAAAGCCUUUGUCGUGUGUCAGGCCUACGCCAAACACGAGUGUAGUCUGAUAUUUCGCAUUAAAGACCUGGAUUUUGCUGCUCUGGCCCGGGGCUUUGCUCUCCUCCGUUUGCCCAAAAUGCCUGAACUGAGAGGAAAGACCUUCCCAGACUUCAAACAGGAGGCCAUCGACACAGACUCCAUCCGCUUUAAAGAUAAUAACAGAGAGAAACAGAGACAAAAAAGACUGGCGGAGCUGAAAGAAAGAGAGAUGCCGUUUAAGAAGAACUUCAUCAAGAACAAAGCCUGGUCGAAGCAGAAGAACAAGAAGGAUAAAAAGAAAAAGAAGGCCGCCAAAAGAAAACUGGAUGAGGAACCAGAUGUUGACGACGAAGACGUAAACGAGCUUUUAAAUGACACGCGUCUGCUGAAGAAACUCAAGCAAGGAAAGAUCAGUGAAGAGGACUUUGACAAGCACAUGAGUUCAGCGGGCAGCUCACAUCCCAAACGAGCAGAUGCAAACAGUUCUGAUGGAGACGGAGAAUGACCGAGUCAUUUCUGUGACUUUAUGCACCUGAAUUGACUGUCAUUUGACUUCAUUUUCAUUCUGGUUGUCUGUGUACUGUACAAGAAGGAUGCAUUCUUAACAAAUGCGCUUCUGUAUUAAUUAUCAACCAUAUACAUCAAUGUCCAAAUAUGAUAAAUAAACUUUUCUAUUGUAAAAGUAAGUGUUUUCAAGGAAAGGGUCUCUUUUUGAAAUAUAUGAUCUAUUUCUAUAAAUAUAUGAUCUAUAUAUUUCCUGUUACCAACAGUGCAUAUAUAAAAUACAUGGAAAAGAUAGUGUUAUUCACACAGCAAAAAAUAAAUAAAUAAUUAAA